GGGUGCUCAUACUGCUGAUGCUAAAAUUGUACUUGUCAUGUUGUGGCUUGACUCCUGUGGACAGUGUGUGCUUGUGCAGAGGUUUUGGCAUAUCGCUGCCUGAUAGGACAAGAUGUCAAGGAUGGUCAUUUGCAAGGCAGAAACUUUUAUCUAUUCAGGUCUGCCCCCUAUCCAGAUGAAAAAAAAAUAACAUCAAUUAUACCAAUGUAGCUUAAUGCUGGUUUCAUUUUUAAGUGGUAAUACAAAAAUGAGACAUUAGUUUGGAACUCAACUGGUGAUGAUCAAUUGAAUGUUCCAUUCAUAAAUGUGUUUACCAAAUAGAUUCCUAAAACAGGUUGAUUACUAAAAUGUGUUUAUUAAAAAAAAAAAAAAAGGAGAAAAAACGUUUGAAAUGGAGAUUUGCACAUUGUAACUCGGCAGCCUGGAUCACAAAUAAUACCAUGAAUGACAUCAAACGAAUCAACAAAACUCAUUGGUGCCAGUGUGGUGCAAUAGACAGACGACUGGUCAUCAAGGCAAAUUAAAAUAGAAUCCGUUUCAAAGUGACCAUGUUGAACCAUGUUAAACAUGUAUCCAUGGGCGCCGGCUUGGGGGUGUGGCUCCACUGGUGCUGUGAACCCGCCGCUCGGUCCCGUUCCACAGAAGAGCAGCUUUGCCAGAUCAUUCAGCUUAUGAGCAACGGGUAAACGGAGCAUCGGACAGCAUGGCUUCGUCUCAUGGGAAGAAUGAACUCCGCCUUGCAGACUGGAUGGCAAGUUUGCCGGAGAAUCUUCACAACGUUCCUCUGACUAACCUGGCAAUACCCGGUUCCCACGAUUCAUUUAGCUUCUACAUUGAUGAGGCCUCUCCCGUCGGUCCAGAGCAGCCGGACACGGUGCAGAACUUCGUCUCCGUGUUCGGCACGGUGGCCAAGAAGCUGAUGCGCAAGUGGCUGGCCACGCAAACCAUGAACUUCUCCAGCCAGCUGGACGCCGGCGUCCGCUUCUUCGACCUGCGCAUCUCCACCAAGCCGCGCGACCCCGACAACGAGCUCUUCUUCGCCCACGGCCUCUUCAGCGCCACGGUGCGCGAGGGCCUGGAGCAGAUCAGCACUUUCCUGGCCUCGCACGCCCGCGAGGUGGUCUUCCUGGACUUCAACCACUUCUACGGCAUGCAGAACUUCCACCACGAGAAGCUGGUGCAGAUGCUGCGCACCGUCUUCGGCGACCGCCUCUGCCCGGUCAUCUUCGCCCAGGAGGUCAGCCUCAAGUACCUCUGGGAGAAGGAGUACCAGGUGCUGGUCUUCUACCACAACCCCAUGGCCCUGGAGGUGCCCUUCCUGUGGCCCGGCCAGAUGAUGCCGUCGCCCUGGGCCAACACCACCGACACAGACAAGCUCAUCCAGUUCCUGCAGACGUCGGUGACCGACCGCCGGCACAAAGGGACCUUCUUCGUGUCCCAGGUGGUGCUGACCCCCAAGGCCAGCACUGUUAUGAAAGGGGUGGCCAGUGGAUUGCGGGAGACCAUCACAGAAAGGGCCCUGCCUGCCAUGAUGCAGUGGGUUCGCGCACAGCGGCCGGGCGACAGCGGCAUCAACAUCAUCACGGCCGACUUCGUGGAGCUCGGCGACUUCGUCAGCGCCGUCAUCACCCUCAACUACCUGCUGGAGGAGGAGGGUGAGAACGCCACCUGAACCCCGCGACCCCUGAACCCUGAGCCCUCACACCCUCCACCGCGAGGUGCCAUCUCUUUCCUUUGACCCGUCAGGUGGGCGGGAAAACAUCCUUUCUACUGACGUUUUGAGGGCUACCUGUUUCUAGAGCGCGAGCUUUUCUUUCAGGCAGAUGGAAGUUGUUUGACUUCAGUUUGGUGAGGUGAAAACAAUGUCCAUAUUUCUUUCUUAUUAUGGGGUACAAAGGGCAAUUCUUUGAACUACUGAUCUGCACCUCGUUGGUUGCACUUGAAACUGAUCGCAUCCAUAUACUGUCACGUUAGUUGCGCUGAAUGCCUCCUCUCUGUGAUCAAAGAAAUUAGCCUCCUCCUUAGCAUAUCCCACCUGAGAUAAAUGUUCUUUGUAAUUUAGUGACAGUGUAUGGUGACCAUGGGCUUGCAGUGGAGUUAAGUGUACUCUGUAUUGUACAUUUUUAUGCUCAUUAAUCUGUAUAGUUGUUUAUCACAAGUUCAUUAACAGCUUCAGCAAGAUAGACUGCUCUGUCAUCCUAAUGCGGUCUAUUCUGUCCAUGAAGUAUGGCAACAUUUCCCUCCUAAUAAUUUCAAGGAAAUACUCCAUGGGUCGCGCUUAAUAUUCAGUAUGAGUUUACAUACAUAACUGUUUGUUUCCUCUGGUAUGUAUGUAGAUGCAUAUUAAGCAGUAGAGGCUAUGAUAUGCAUACAUUUACCAGUUUUCACCAUAUACGCCACCUCCAUUUCACCAUUUAGUCAGGAAAAUAAAUGUUUUGCUUUUUUUGGUAAUUAACCUUUGGUGCCAAAAAGUACAUUUUGUCGAGUCUUGACCAAGUAACCUAAACUCUUGUUCCCCUUCUUCUUGCACAUGAUGAGUUGUUUUGAUGAGGUCAUGGAUUUCUGAAAUUCAAAACGUUUGAGAUCAUUCUACCUAGGUGCAAUAAUUAUUUACUAAUUCUAAACAUUAUCACUGUUGUUUUAUUUCUAUUUAAGAGAAUAUUUAUGUUUUUUCACAUCGCUACAUUCCACAAAUAAAUUCAAGGUCAAUGAAGACCUGAACGAAUCAUUGCAUGCCAUGUUGUGCUGUUGUGUUCAUUUUAGCAAAUUGGCGCCACUGAAAUUCCAUAGACAGACGGUUUCUAAGGGCAACACCUAUUCAUAUACGCCAAAUAAUCAGUGGCUCAUCAUUGCUUCUCCAUAAAUCACUCCAUCAUUCCUUCCAUCAAGUCAGUCAAAAUAUCUACCAUACAUCUGUCUAUCACUAGACACACACACACACACACACACACACACACACACGCAUUAUAGUUGUAAAGUAGUUGUUUAUUCCAGCAAUCUUUUUGUUUUCUAAGGGUAGAGUGUAGUCUUUCAAUGAAGUUUUAUUCUUUCCUUGGGUGUUUUACAAGAAUUCCAGUCUCUCGUGUGAACACAUAAUGUGUUAACACAACAUAAAACACAGUUCCUCUAUGACUCAUGCCUAGAAUUGUGUAUGUGUGUUAUGCUGUAUGUGAUGUCUGGCUAUGGGCAACAGGAGAAUUGUGGGGGGGAAGUAUUGCCAUGUUAUUUGUACUUCCUAUACUGAAUGUUUGUAUGACCUACUUACGACGCUGAGCUAUCUGUGUUUAUUUCAGAAGACGGAGACGGAGUGUUUGUCUCGCACUUUUAUUUGUUUAAGCCAUUGGUAGGAUUUGAAUAUAGGGCAUGUAAUUUGAUCUGUUUGUCUCAUAAAUUGUCCAGAUUGAUUUUAUAGAAGCUCAGAGUGAGCAUUCAGCAAAUUGCUUGAUGAUAUUUCUGUACCUUAAUCUGGAAGGAAUGUAAUCUGUACAUUUGUUCUGUAAUUAAUAUUGUUGAUGUGAGCCAAAAAAAAAUACUCAUUUUAAAAUACAGUGAACUGUGAGCUUGAUUGAUUUGUGUGCGUGUAUGUGUUUGUGUGGGUGUGUGUUGUGUGUGUUUGUGUGUGUGUGUGAGAGAGAGAUGGAUGAUGGAUGAUGAUGAAAAUAUGUGAAACGUGAAAGUUUCUCGACAUCAACACAAUCAUAACACAAUAAGGCGGAGCCCUCACUGUCAUAUUGUGUCUCUGUUUCCUGUUUACGUAAUUGCUGGAGAGCACCCAGGUCCUCUCCAAACAUUAACCUUUUGCUGGGAAAUUGACCCGAGACAGCUGGCGGCAUGUGCCUCAUCAUAUGUGUGCUUGAUUGACGAAAUGGACGUGCUUGAGCCGUUUCAGUGAAAAUGAAUCACCGCUCAGCUCUCAGUGGAGUAAUAUCUGAGCAAUGAGGCACUUUUAUGGAUAGUCAAUUGGCCAUAUUUCCUGUUGCCCUUAUCAUCUCACGUCUCUCUUUAUGAUCGAAAAUGGUUCCCGAUUGUGGUGUACAGACGCGCACACGGCUGAGUUAUAGUUAUGUUUGUUCUCAUUCAUAUUCUUUGGACGCUUACCUGCAGUCUUUUCUCCUGGAGCACAUCUGUUUGAAAACGGCAUUAAGUAAUUCAGUAAUUAAUUCACUGAAUUUGAAAAUGAAUGAGCAAAUCGGAUAGAUAGACACAGCCAUUUCUUUUAAACGGGGUUCAUAUGUACAGUUAAACUAAUGUCUUUAAAAAAACGUCCCUUUAUGCACUUCAGGAGUGUGUCUUCUACGCAGUUUUGAAAAGUAUGUUUUACAGCUGUCCUGUGAAUAGUGACUGUUUCUCUCUGACUGAUAUUUCAAUCGACCUGCUCCUGUUGAUCCUCCGACGUGUCUGUUGAUCUUCUCUUGUUGUGAUUUGGUCAUGGUCCCCCAAGUGUUCAUGUACAAUCCCCCGCCACAGCUUCACAAAUAAAAAUGCAAUGUUAUUUUA